CAAGUCUUGUUUUGUAGUUUUGUAAAGUGUUUUCACUUUUCCGAUUGAUUGUAGUUUUUAAUUAACGUAAUUUGUUUUUACUAUGAAGACAAAUAAUCAUUUAAGGUGAUAUCGUGGUAUAAGAACUUUUAUUUUGCAAUGAUCUAAUUCUUAGCUUUCGUUUAACUCUACACAGGAGUGACAUGUUUUUAUGUACGCAAUUCUGAAUAAUAUAUUUAAAAAUUCUUCACAAUGGGUAUAAUGUACGAAAAACGGCCUUUAAAGCGCCCUCGCUUGGGCCCACCCGAUGUUUACCCACAAGAACCGAGGCAGAAAGAGGAUGAACUAACAUCAGCCAAUGUUAAACAUGGAUUUACUACGACACCACAAUCUACUGACGAAUUUGGCACAGCUAGAAACUUUAACUAUUCUGCAAGCAAGAUAGGGCAAUUCUUCUCCGGAAUUCUAUCCAAGAAAGAAGAGUUAAACACACUACCUGACUGUGGUAGGAAGAAACAACAAGUCAAUCCAAAAGACAACUUUUGGCCUGCCACUGCUCGCACUAAGCCCCAAAUUGAAGCUUGGUUUAAGGACUUAGCUGGAAAUAAACCACUUUCACAAUUGGCUAAAAAGGCACCAAACUUUAAUAAGAAGGAAGAGAUUUUUAUAACAUUAACUGAAUAUCAAGUGACUAUGCCAAGAGCAGCUUGGUUCAUUAAAUUGAGCUCGGCGUACACAGUUGCUGUUUCCGAGGCUAAAAUUAAGAAGAGGCAGCUUCCUGAUCCUACAACAGAAUGGACCAGUACUCUCAUAAAGUUUUUGAAGGAUCAGAUUCCGAAGUUGGCUGAGUAUUAUCAAAGUGCUGUGCCGGGGAAUAUAUCAGAUAAGACACCACCCUCUCAAUCAGGUCAAGGAACACCAAAUCACAAUAUAUCAAACAGCUCUCAAGGAAGUUCAACACCUAACAGCUCAAAUGUGCCACCUUCAAUGCAUUCACCAGGAAAUACAAGCCUUGGAUCAUCAACCCCCAAUGCAAGUGAGAGUACAGAUUGGAGGCAGGCACUAAAACAGUGGAACUACUGUUGUAGACUUGCCAGAUAUCUUUUGGACGAAGGGCUGCUGGAUAGGCAUGACUUCCUCACAUGGAUCAUUGAGUUGCUGGAUAAGAGAGCAGCUGACGAUGGUCUUUUGAGGUUAUUUUUACCAUUGGCGCUACAAUACAUGUCGGAGUUUGUCUGCUGUGAGAGUUUAUCGCGAAGGUUAGCGACGUCGUGCGCCAAAAAGGCCGCGACAAUAUGUUCAGUGCUCUCUGACACUACCCUCCGCACACUCAACCAGCCUGCGGUGUUUAAUAAGGCUGAUAGAAAUGGCGAUCUGAAUGCAGCACCCAUGUCUCCGGCGGUUGACGGUGAUGUAAAACCAAAUGUGUCACAAAUAAAACGGUCCGCGACACCAGCAGACCAGAACCAUGGAACACCAAACCCAAAUCAUUCCAUCGGAACACCCAAUCCCAACCAUUCCAUGGGAACACCAAACCCUAACCAUUCCAUUGGAACGCCAAACCCCAUCGGUACACCAAACCCCUCUCAACCGAUGGACAUGCAGAUAAAAGAGGAGAAUGAGUCUCCAGCUAGAGAUGUGAAAGGAACAUUGAAUACUGUGAUCACAGCGGCAUUGAAUCCUGUGCAAGUGGGUUUUGGGGAAAUAUUGAACUGCUCUUUCCAUAGAGAUGUUAUUAUACAGUUGGCUACCAUCUUGCAGAUAAUCUGCAUAGAAUGUCCCACGGCUAUGGUGUGGUCGGGGUGCGGGUCGUCCAUGCAGGGCUCGCCGCUCGACUAUCUGCCCCUACCGCCCUCCGCGCUGCCCAUGCCGCAGAUGGACUCCGAAGUCACUGAGGAACAUAGGAAGAUGGUGUAUGAAGCAGAGCAAGAGAUAGCUGCCAGAAGCAAGAAGGCCGAAAGUAAAUGGUGUACUGAUAAAUGGCAGACUAGUUCACAAGCCCGAGUUUUGGCGGUCCUAGAAGCAUUAGAUCGUCACUGUUUCGACAGAGUAGACCCAAAUAACAAUUUGGAUACGCUGUACAAAGAAGUGUUCGCCAACUGUACGCCACCUAAAGAUUCGAAUCUUGACCCUAAAGACCCGGAGUACCUGUGCUCGUACUCUGUGGUGCGCGUGCUGUGCGAGUGGGCGGUGUGCGGCGCGCGCUGGGGCGAGCACCGCGCAAUGGCGGCCGCGGCGCUGCUCGACCGCCGGCAGCACCAUCACCCGCACGACAACACGCAUAACCGGUCGGACGACAAGGAGUCGAUAAGCUCAGGCACGGGCAACUACAACGGUCCGCCGAUAUUCCAGAACCUUCUGCUGCGAUUCCUCGACAACGAUGCGCCUGUUUUAGAUGAGAGUCCAAACGCUCCGCCAGGUAAUCGUCAACAGUUCGCUAACUUGGUUCAUCUGUUCGGCGAGCUGAUACGCCGCGACGUGUUCUCGCACGACGCGUACAUGUGCACGCUCAUAUCCAGAGGUGACCUAAUAUCACCUACGGAGCCGACGCCGACGUCGACGGCGCAUACGGUCGCGCAGCCUGCGUCCAGCGCGCCGGCCGGACACAACAUGGACGAUGAUAUAUUCGCUGGCAUAGAUCUCAAACCCAAGAUGGAGGAGAACGUUCGCAUGGAUCUGGACGACUCGAAAAUAGACGAUGACCUGGACAAGCUGCUGCAGCACAUCAAGGAGGACCAGCAGAACUCCAUGGACGCGCCCGACAGCCCCAAAGACCCAGGGGAAUCAUCGCAUAGUGUUGCUUCUCCCAUGAUGACCAGUGGAAUGAGCAUUACGAGUAUGCAGUCAAUGGGAAUGGGACCUAUGUCAGUGCCAGGCGUACGGUCAUCAAGCAGCGCGGGCGGCACCACAUCUGCGCCGCGCUCCACUUCCCGCCACUACCACUACACGCUGCACUUCCCCCUCCCUCCCGCUGAGCCCGACCACGCCCCCCACGACGCCAACCAGCGACACAUCCUGCUGUACGGCGUCGGCCGACAGAGAGAUGAAGCCAAACACGCUGUCAAGAAGAUGAUCAAAGAAAUAUGCAAGCUAUUCUCCAAGAAGUUUUCUAUCGACGUGGCGGAGGGUGGGAAGAUCAAGAAACACUCUCGGAGCGAAUUCAAUUUUGAAGCGGUGACACAAAAGUUUCAUGCGAUGUCGAUGUACGAACAAGGAGCGGUGUCAUGGGCGGUGGGCGCGGCCGUGUGCGAGGCGCUCGCGGCGUACGCGGCGGGCGCGACCACGUACCUCCCCCAGCCUGACCAUGUCGCGUUCGCGCUUGACCUACUCGAAAUAGCGCUCAAUGUUAAUGGACUCAUAGAGACUUGCAUACAGAUACUCAAAGAGUUAUCCGAAGUGGAGGCGGCGUUGAUAACUCGCGGCGCGCCCAGCAGCGGGCUUGCGGCGCCGCGAGCGUACACGUCGGCACUCGCGCUGUACACGGUCGGCGCACUGCGGCGAUAUCACUCGUGUUUGUUGUUGUGCGUAGAACAAACGUCGACAGCGUUCGAGCAGCUCUGUCGCCUAGUCAAGUGCGUAGUCAACCCUGGCGACUGCAGCUCGGCGGAACGUUGCGUGCUCGCCCACCUACACGACCUGUACAAGGCCGCCGCGCAUCUGUUCCACGCGCCGCACGCCGACACCUUCGCCAAUGCGUACCCUAAAAUAAAGCAAGCACUAUAUGCGCCUCUACAACCAACGCCAUCGAACUAUACAUACAAUCCUCAAUUUCUAAGUGAAUUUUUCACGAAUCCUCGGAAAGGUAAAAUAGAGAUCGCAUGGGCUCGUCAGGUAGCGGAAUCACCGGCAAAUCGGUAUAGCUUUGUUUGCUCUGCUAUGUUGGCAGUAUGUCGGGAAGUUGACAACGACAGAGUGAACGAGCUGGGCGUGGCGUGCGCGGAGAUGACGGCGUGGUGCAGCGCGCUGGCGGCGGAGUGGCUGGGCGCGCUGGUGGCGCUGUGCGGCGCACACGCCCCUUUCUCCCCGCUCUACCCCGACCUGCUGCUGCACCGGGACCUGCACGACGCCGCCGCGCACGACGCGCUCGCCGUCUUCACGUGUAUACUAGUCGCCCGGCACUGCUUCUCUCUGGAGGACUUCGUGCGUCACGCGGCUUUACCGUCUCUUGUGAAGGCGUGCGGGGGCGGGGCCACACCCAACGCCCCCUCGCCCGAGGCCGGCGCGCGCCUCUCCUGCCAUCUGCUGCUGCGACUGUUCAAGACUGUCGAUACACCGCAACCAGGUUUAUACAGCGUGUCUACGUCGCCGGGCCCGGGCGGCGCGUGCGCGGGCGUGCGGCUGUCGUGCGACCGCCACCUGCUCGCCGCCGCCCACAAGAACAUCGGCAUCGGCGCCGUGCUCGCCACGCUCAAGGCCAUGCUCAUUAUCGGCGAACUAACUGCCCGCGACGGAGGCAAGCCUAUGGGCAAGAAGUCGAGCGAACUGUCACACAUAUUGGGCACAAGCGACACCGCGCCCAGCGACUCACAGUUAGAUCUUAUAACGAUGGUAGAUACUGAGAGUGGGGGCCAUAGAACUCCUAGGGGUAGCGGCGGGGUCGGUUCGACCUUGCUGGACUCAUCGCACCAAUCCUUGUCCUCGCUGGCCCGGCGGGUGGCCGCGGAGAUUUGCUCCGAGGAGUGGGUGCUGCAGAAGUGUCUGCAGAACCCCGAGGAACUGUACCAGCAGGAUAUGCUGCUGGACUCGGCGCUGUCUCCGAGGCAGGCUCAAAGAUUGUUGCACAUGAUAUGCUACCCGGACUCGGCCAGCCACACACACCCCGACCUCGACCAAAAGACCAUGAUAACACGACUCCUAGAGAACCUGGAGCAGUGGUCGCUGCGCAUGUCGUGGAUGGACCUGCAGCUGAUGUUCCUGCAGUACCCGCCGGGGUCGGCGGAGCUGAGCGCGUGGCUGGACACGGUCGCGCGCGCCGUCAUAAACGUCUUCCAGCAGCCCGCGCCGCCGCCGCCCGACCGCGACCGUAUGGGUACGGAGCGCGGCGUGGUGAGCACGAGCAAGUGGUCGGAGUCUGUGUGGCUGGUGGCGCCGCUGGUCACCAAGCUGCCGCCCGCCGUGCAGGGACGCGUGCUCAAGCAGGCUGGACAGAUUUUAGAGAAUGGUUGGGGUGCGGGGUGUAACGGCGGAUGUAGUAACAACAGCGGCGGCGGCGGCUCCCAUCGCGACUGCAAGAGCCAUCAGAGCCCCAGUUACAAGGGAUCGGUGGGUGGCGGCGCAGGCGGCAAACGUGGUAUGAGCGCGCCGAGCGGUUGUUCGUGCGGCGCCGCAGUGAGGCUCGCUAACGAGCCCCUUCUGUCGCUAGUGCUGACUUGUCUGAGAAACCAGGAUGAUCAGAAGGAGAGCCUGCUCAGCUCCAUCCACGCGCAACUACAGCAUUACCUAACGCACGCGCGAGAAGGCGAGCGCGGGGGCGGGGCGGAGUGGGCGGAGGAGGCGGCGCCGUGCGCGCUCCGCCUGCGGUUCUCGCUCGCGGGCGGCAUGUUCGACGCCAUUAGACGAUCAUACCAGUUGACGUCUGAUUGGGCGGUGCUACUCACGCAGCUGCUCGCUCAUCAGGUCAUCGACGCGUAUAAUAAUAGUCUGUGUCACAGCAACUUGUACACGACUUUGAUCGACAUGCUUGCCACUCUGAUACACUCGACGCUAGCCGAGGGGGGGGACGACAACAACAGGAAGCACUACCAGAAUCUCAUGAAGAAGCUGAAGAAAGAGAUCGGAGAUCGGCACGGCCCGAGCGUGCAGUCCGUGCGACAGCUGCUGCCGCUGUCCAAGAACACGAUUAUUGAGGUAAUAGCGUGCGAACCGCUCGGAUGUAUUGUGGACCAAAAGGGGAACAAGAUCACAGAGUUUGACAGCGACAAGAAACAGGGUCUACGUCUGACGGAGAAGCAGCGCGUGUCGAGCUGGGAGCUGGUGGAGGGCGGGCGGAACCCGGCGCCACUCAGCUGGGCGUGGUUCGCCGCCACCAAGAUCGAGAGGAAACCGCUCACUUACGAGAACGCUCAUAGGCUACUGAAAUACCACACGCAUAGUUUGGUGAAACCGCUGAGUUAUUACUUGGAACCGCUGCCUCUGCCGCCUGAGGAUUUGGACAACAAUGACAGUAAACAGGAUAGCGGAGACCUAGAUUCCAGUCCUACUGGUUCCGGCAAAGGACGUAAGAUGUCUUGCAAGAUGAAGAACAACAUAGCGAAGAAACCAAAACCAACUACGCCGACGAACGGUAUGGGCGCGGCGGGAGGCGUGGCGGCGCAGCAGCCGCAGUUCAUGCAGCAGCAGCAGCAGUGGUUCCCGCCGCCUGGACAGAACUACUACCAGCAAGGUGUGAACCCGCGCGGCGUAGCGCCCCCCGCCAAUACGCAGUCGAAGCAGGCGCUGAGCAACAUGCUGCGGCAGCGCGGACCCUUCCAGCAGAUGAACCAGAUGCAGGGCGGCGGCUACCCCGGCGCGCCUCACCCGCGCGGGCCGGCAUUCCCGCGUCAAGGCAUGCGACAGAUGCAGCCCAACCAGAUGGGACAAAUGCAGCCCAAUCAAAUGAAUCCGAUGGGUGGCAUGGGCGGCAUGGGUCCGAUGGGCCAGAUGGGUGGAGUCCAAAUGGGUCCCGGUCAGAUGGGCGGCAACCAGAUGAGCAGCGGACAGAUGGGCGGCAACCAGAUGAGCAGCGGGCAAAUGGGCGGCAACCAGAUGAGCGGACAGAUGAGCGGCAUGAGCGGACAGAUGUUUGGCGGACAGUACGGCGGCAUGCAGCAGGGGUACGGCUACGGACAGCAAAUGAUGCAGGGCGGACAGCAGCAGAUGAUGAAUCAGAGUAUGGGACAGAGUAAUCAAAUGGGUCAAAUUGGACAGCAAGUCAAUCCGAUGGGCCAGGGCGUCAAUUCCAUUGGACAAAAUGUGGGCCAGAUGAGCCAGGGCGUCGGCCAGUCGGGGCAAAUGGGGCAGAGCAUGGGGCAAAUGGGCCAGGGGAUGGGGCAAAUGGGUCAGAGCAUGGGCCAGAUGGGGCAAAUGGGCCAAGGCGGAGGCAUGGGUGGCAUGAACAGCCAGUCCGGCUCGAUGGGGCCGCAGGGAGGAAACUCCAUGGGCGGAUUCCCCGGACAGCAAUCAUUCCAACAGAACAUCAUGGGCGGUCGUACUAGUCAAGAAGCUUACUUAGCUCAGCAAAGGCAGAACGCCAGACCACAGUAUAUUCAGCAAGCGCCGAACGUGACGAUGGGCGGCAUGGGCGGCGGCGGCGCGUACCCGCGCAGCAUGGCGCCGGCGCAGGGCGGGCAGUACCCGCAGCUGGCGCAGCAGCAGCGUAUGCGGCAGAUGCUGGCCAUGCAGCAGGGGCCGCUGGUGCAGCAUCUACAGCGGCACCAGUAUCCGCAGCAACCCUAUUAGUACUAAAUUUAGACACUAAGGGUCUACACAGACGGACCGCAUUUCAACUGCCAUCCAACCGUA